AUGAUUGUAAUUACAGGCAAUCGUCUAAACCCGCUCGCUCCGCCCGGAUUUGGAUACCCGCGAGGGCCGUUGCAAUACGACUUGAACCCGCAGUACAUGGGAGGAGCGAGGAAGACCGGUGGACGACGACCCAAGGAAUUCGAAAUGGGACCGGUAGGAUUUUUAGGCUAUUCUUCGGUUAGUUAAAG